CAAAACUGAUUGAAAACUACAAUUAGCAUCUUGUAACGAUAACAGUGAGCCUGAAUAGCUAUUAGCAGAACAAAACACAAACUCCAAUCAGCACGAGCAAAACUCUUGUGUUGAAACCGUGCCUAACAGCUAGAAUCGAUUUAUCUGCUUUCGUAUCGUAUCUAAACGUAUCACUUCGAACCAUCCCAAAACAUCAGCAGAGAGGGAUUGAGUUUUCGUUUCGGCCCACGGUUGUUUUCCAGUCCGCCCCAUCGUGCCCUUGUGUGUUGGGUGGUGGGCAUCUUAGCGUGUGGCAUUGAUUGUUCGUUCGCAUGCAAAGCGUAGGUCAUGGGGCCAAUGUGACGUGUCUUGGACUCCACCCAACACUCACUUUACAAUCAACGGUCCCGAAGUACCCUCAAGAGUAAGGUGCAAGUGUUGUUGUUGUUGUUUUUUUGCUCCCGAAUCUCGACGUGUGUUGUACACGUGUUUGGUUUGUUUGUACGAAUGUGUGCCUGUGUGUGUGUGUGCUCUUCUGCAUACCAAAGCCGGCCACUGGACGUGACGAAAUUGUGUGUGUGUGUGUGUGUGUGUGGGGGACCUGUAGGCGACCGACGUUCAAUGCCUCCAUAAUGCUGGGCCACCAUUUUCUUCAUGUUCCUUAUUUGAUGUAUAUUUUGUGUGUGUGUGUGUGUGUUUAUCUUGGCAUACGUAUAGAUAUGUGUAGUGCUAAGGGUGUGUUAUUAUUGCACGGUUGGUGAGCAGAAUGCAGCCGUGCAGGCGUGCAGUGGCCGUGGUGCGGUGUGUGAGUAAAGUUUGGCCGCAGGCGAACCGUGCCUGAACAGCACUGGCAAAACUGGAUGCAGUGGCAAGAUUUGGCAGUGCGAAUCCGACGACGACCCGACGACGACCAAAGCAGUAACGCAAAACCCGUUUUCGGAACAAAUCUCAGGACUUCAAUCAAUCAAGCGAUCCCGAAUCAACCCCGGGCCGCUCAUCGUCACACAUUGCGGCCGGCGUGUGUAAAUGUGUGCCUGUUUGGGCGCUUGUACACGCCACCACCACCAUCAUCAGCACUACCUGCAAACAGCGUCGUAGAUUGACAGGUUUCGACUGAAUCGACCGUGCCGCGCUAUACGGACGAGGCGCAACCGCAUGCCGAACGUGCGCUGAGGGCGAGCCGUUACCAUAGAUGCUCGCCCACCGUCACCCUACCGCAAGCAAGCAACGAGUUUAGUAGUAGAAGUAGCAGUGCGUCAGCAGGCAUCUUACCAGCAGGAGUGGUGUCCAGUUUGGGCGAUGGGCAGAGAGAUAUAUCGCUGGAGGACAUCGUAGCCUCGUCGCCUCCGGUUGCCUCAUCAGCUCAGCCGAACCAAUAACAACUAUAGCAGCAGCAGCAACAGCAAGCAGCCAACAGCCAGCCAGCAGUGUAGUAUAGUGCAGCAUCAACCUUCGAACCCGCGAUGCAUCGUUUGCGCAACACCUUCACCAGAUCCCGGACGCCUACGGGCGCGGAGAUGAAAACCCAGAGCAGUCUUGAGGUCCCGAAGCAGGUACGGUCAGCAUCGUUCGACGAAAUACAGCUAGAGGCGCAGCGCUCCCACCAGCAGCGUUCGCUGUCGGCCGCGGCCGCCCCAUCAGUAGACGAAGCGUCCGGUGUGUCGUCGGGUGUGGGGAGUCUGUUGCUACAGGUCCCGCAGACAACGCCCGGUCAGCGGUCGCGCAGCUUCGAUCUGGCCGGUUCGGCUUCCGACGAGGGUAGUGCAGUUGCGGCCGCCUUUCUUGAUGUGCCGAAACGGUUCCAGCGUCGAAAGUCUAGCUCGAAGACACCUCCACCCUGCAUACACUGUCUGUAUCUGGAGGAGUACCGUCGGUUGAUCGGUGUGGAGCAGCGGCUCUACUACGACAGUGAAGAGUAUCAGGCGUACGUCGACUACACGUCUAGCUCGUGCUCGGAAGAGGACGACGACGACGACGAGGAGGAGGAUGAGCACGAGAAUGCUGAAGGGGCCAGUAAGAAGGAGGAUGAAGCGGUGCCGGGGGUUAGUGGUGUGCGGGUGGGGCAGGUGGAAGGGACCGGGAGCGUGAACCGAGUGGCGGCGGACAGGCUCGCGGGUCCCAGUGGCAGUGGUGUUGCUGUUGCUGGUGGCAGCGAGGCUAGCCGAGGCAACUUCAGCGAAGGUUACUACGACGAUGACUACGACUACGACGAUGACGAUGAUGACGAUGAGGACGAUUACGGUUACGAGGCGGAGGACAAUAACGAGGGCAACAACAGCGAAAACGAGUCGGAGCGAAGUCGCCGAGGGCAGGAACAGAAGAAGGAACCGAUCACGUUCGGGCUCGAAACGCCUGCCUAUGACUACGCUACGCUCUUCCAGCGCGUAUCACCACGCAGAAGACCCCGGGUCGAUGGUGAGGGUGCUGAUGGGUCCGUCGCGUUACUGUCACCUCCUCCCGUUGCAUCGCCCUGCCGCAUCACGUUGACACUGUCGCCCACGAAACCGGACGACGAGGACGACGAACAGUGCAUAGACUAUAGUCACGGUACCAGCGGCAGCACGUUGGAAGCAACAGGUCUCGGCGAGAUCGCCCUGAUGCUGCCCGAUGAGGAGCUUCCCGUUGGAGCUGGCGUGAUACUCGAACCCGAACCACGACCACCAACAGUGUCGGCGUCGGCAGCGACCGAAUGCCAACCGAGCGAAGCGAGCGGUGAUACAGUGGACCCGGUACCGAGCCGUACUCGUCGGCGAUCCAUCUCACGCCAGGAAGCGAUAAUCGUCGAACCAACGGGCAGCUCGCUGGAGAACGUUUCCAACGCGUCCGACAGCCGACCGGUACCGGACAUACUGACCGGUGCGGAUGACCAAGACAAUCAGCCACCCCAACCACGGCCUCCACAGCGCGGCCGUGCCGCCUCGAUGGGCCCUAUCAUACCGACGUCGUCACCACCGCCACUUCCACCGUACACCGCCACCGUCAGACUACCGCGACAGCAGCUCGAGUCGGUCGGUAUACCGCUCGAGUCACCGCCCCCGUCCGCCACCAUCUCCAUCGCACCGUCGCAGCCCGGUGACUUCGUGCGUGACAUCUAUCUGCAGGUGCCGGACCUGAAGCGCGACCGGGCCGCCUCGGUCGAUUCCUGCUUCACCAAGGUGACGGGCGCAAAGACGGAAGAGCUGCAACCACCACCGGACGGUGCCUGUCUCAAUCUGCUGGCCGUCCCGAGCAGUGGAGCCGUCCGGUCACGGUCCGUCGACAUAGUGCUGCCCACGGAGCAACAGGCACGCUACAAAGCGCUGGCCCUGGCCGGACCUUCCGGCAGUGCGAACAGUGCGGGUCCAUCCGGUGCCGGCGUUGCAACCGGCGGCCAUCUUGCACCGAGCGUUAGAGGACUCUCGUCGCACACUCUUAGCCACCUGCUGAGGGUCCUUUACUGUCGGUGGCUUGGUGACCCGCACGGACGUCAGAUACGUUGCACACCCGACUGGAGUGAGAAUGCAGUUUCCGGUGAUCAUCUAUGGGUGCCAACGUCCGUUUCUGGCGAUUGCUGCUAUGUGGGUGAUAAUGAUUGCACGAAGCACGGACCACGGAUGAAGUGUGCCGCCUGCAAGAUCAUCUCGCAUGCCAGCUGCAUCUCGGUGCUGAUGGAACGCAGCCAGCUGCAGUGCAAACCGACGUUCCGUGACGUGGGCGUCCGGCAGUAUCGCGAGCAGACGAAAACUACCCACCACUGGGUGCAUCGGCGCACCGAGAAGGGCAAGUGCAAGCAGUGCGGUAAGUCCCUCCAGGCGAAAUUAACGUUUAGCUCGAAGGAGAUCGUCGCACUCUCGUGCGCGUGGUGCAAAGCCUCGUACCACAACAAGGAGGCUUGCUUCAACCCGGAGCGUAUAGGCGAAGAGUGUACGCUCGGCGCGCACCGGAGCAUCGUCGUCCCGCCGUCCUGGAUCGUGAAGUUGCCCCGCAAGGGCAACUUCAAAUCGUCGCUCCGUAAAACGCCCCAGAAAAAGAAGAAGGCAGGCAAGAAGGUGUCCAUACCGCGCGAACCGCGCACGUUCGUAAUCAAACCAAUACCGACCGCCAACAUCACACCGGUGCUCGUGUUUAUCAAUCCAAAGUCGGGUGGCAAUCAAGGCGCGAAGCUGCUGCAAAAGUUCCAGUGGCUGCUGAAUCCGCGCCAGGUGUUUGAUCUGACCCAGGGUGGGCCACGGAUGGGACUUGAACUGUUCCGCAAGGUACCACAGCUACGUAUACUCGCUUGCGGAGGUGACGGAACCGUCGGAUGGGUGUUGUCCGUACUCGACCAGAUUAACUUCGUACCGCCGCCAGCCGUUGGUGUAUUGCCGCUUGGCACAGGGAAUGAUCUGGCCCGCGCCCUCGGAUGGGGUGGAGGGUAUACAGAUGAACCGAUAGGUAAAAUUCUGGCAAACAUUGGCAACUCCGACACCGUACUGCUCGACCGGUGGAGCCUGAAGGUCGAACCUAACACAUCCGUUCCUAACACUGGCGACGGGAAGGACAAUCUACCACUGAACGUCGUGAACAACUACUUCUCGCUCGGUGUCGACGCUCAUAUUGCGCUAGAGUUCCAUGAAGCUCGCGAGGCCCAUCCGGAAAAGUUCAAUUCGCGGCUGCGAAAUAAGAUGUUCUAUGGCCAAGCCGGCGGCAAAGAUCUGCUAAAACGCAAAUGGAAAGGAUUGGCCGAGUUUGUAACGCUUGAGUGUGACGGCAAAGAUUUGACACCGAAGCUAAAGGAGCACAAGGUGCAUGCGAUAGUAUUUCUCAACAUUCCAAGUUACGGUGGUGGUACACAUCCGUGGAACAAAUCGGGUGGUCAGUUUGAGCCGGCCACCGACGAUGGUAUGAUCGAGGUUGUCGGUCUCACUACCUAUCAACUACCGCUACUGCAAGCCGGAGGUCACGGUACCUGCAUUACCCAGUGCCGCACGGCACGCAUCGUCACUUCAAGGACAAUACCGAUGCAAGUGGACGGUGAGGCGUGCAAGCUGAACCCGUCCAACAUCGAACUUACCCUGCUGAACAAGGCUGUGAUGCUGGCCAAGAAGAAGCCCGGGCGGGCGAAUGUACCGCAAGAAAAGCUGGAAGCGCUCAACAUCAGUCUGAUGAAGAUCAUGAUGGCCGACUACGAGCAGCACCAUUACGACAAGGAACUAUUGCGCCAGUCCGCAGUCAAUCUGGGCAUGAUGGAGGUGCCCGUUACCGAUCUGGAGCAGAUGCGUGUGCUGAUCAACAAGUUUUGCAGCGAGCAACCGGACAGCCCCAAGCUGUCCCCGGACUGGUGCUUCAUCGACUCCUGCACCGCCGAGCGCUUCUUCCGCGUGGACCGGGCACAGGAAAAUCUGCACUUCAUCACCGACAUCGCGACCGACUGUGUGUUUGUGCUCGAUCAGGAAAGUCCCACGCUGCCACAAACGCCGGAAGACGAUCAUCGUCGGCUUGGUGCGCAGGGCGCUACGGUAACCGGCAGUCUCGAGUCGAGUGACAGUGGUGCGGCACAGUUUUCGCCCCAGGCAGGCAAACUGCUCGAUCGCUCACUGUCCGGACCGCCAGCUUCCGGGGACAUUCCAUCAGCAUACAUGGGCACACAAGGAUCGAAUGAAGCGGACCGCGUUCAUGUACGCACUCCGAUCCCGCAAGAUUUAUCCAUCGAUCAGAGUCUCGACCAGCUGGUCAACUUUAAAAGCUUCCACGAGCGUUUGUUUGGUCUGAAUGAGGAUGCGUUUGGAUUCAGCGAUUUUGAGGAGGUGAUCUUGCCACCGAUUCCCAAAAACUCCUCAUUUCGCCCGUCGCUGCGUUCGUCGAGCUCGGCGGGCGAGUCCACGUCCCAGGCGCACUGGUCACGGGACACCGCAGGACAGCCCAGCACAUCCGGUUAUUCUCCGGCGGGGUACCACCUGACACGACAUGCACUGUACGACCCAAGUAAUUUGCUGGAGAAAACAACGGACGCCGUGAUCAAGGCGGCCAAAAUGGGCGACGUGGUGAUGCUAAAAGAUCUGCAUCUGCAAGGAUACUCGCUUCUCUCCAUCGACUGCAACGGACAGACUGCUCUCCAUCAUGGUGCCCGCUGUGGACACAAAGAAAUCGUACGCUAUCUCAUCUCCUUCGCACCCAACGCCAUCAUCAACAUGAUCGACAACGAAACCGGACAGACUGCCCUGCAUAAGGCGGCUGCUGCACGUCAGCGUACCAUCUGCUACAUGCUUGUUGCCGGUGGCGCUCUACUGAGCAUCCAGGACAACGAGGGACGUACGGCACGCUUCCUAGCCUCGCAAACGGACGACUACGAGCUGGCCUUCUAUCUUGAGACUCAAGAGCAGUUCCAGCUAAUGGAUUUGCGAAGCAACAACAUCUAAAUCUGGGGCGAGUGAACGUGAAACACUCAUCCUGAGGUGCGUUUGGUGGACAGACCUAGUGGUUGGGGGGAAGGGGGGGAGUGGGGUCUGGUCCUUGCGUUACUUGAGGUGAGGUUUUGGCGUGCGAGAAGGCUUGCGGGCUUGUUACCGGACCAUCGGACCAGAAAGCCGACCAGCCAGCUUAAGGAUCCCGUUUCGUGUCACGUCGGUCUAGAGGCAACAAUACUUCAACUUGAACAUCGAACAUCAUUAUUCUAGCCCGCAGGUAGCUGCGUGCCCCCUUUCGGUACGUUUGUCCCAUCAUGCUCAUACACGCGAAGUUCUGCGGAAAGCGAAGACAUGGAAUCAGUUGGUAGUGGGAGGUUGAGUUUAGCAAGGGAGUAGGUGGAUGGUGAGCAGACUGAUAGAUUCCAUGAUAAACAAAGCUAAACCAGGCAGAUGUCACCCUUCAAACAGCAGGGUAAGGGUCUUAAUGAAUCUCAUCUCAAAACGCCUGCAUGUAGGCAACAGCGAAGACACAGCAGACCAGUUCACGCAUAUUGCAACUACGGCUUCUUUUUCUCGUUUUUACUCAACACUUUAUCAGUGCAUGUCAAAUGUCAACUAGAAGCUACAGUGAGGGACAAUAGAAAAUGAUCACUUUUAAGUUUUUGUUCCGAGUGACUCAGAAUCGAGUUCUUGAUUGAUCCAAUGUUAGGAUCUCGUUUUUCUUUCCCAGACUCCUCAACAUCUUCUAGGCUUGAUGACCUGCGUGGUCACGCCAGCUAUCUUGAGGUGUACUAGACAUCUUAUUAGUCAGUCCUUACUACUUGCAACUCGGAUUCGGAUGAAUCCAGCGAAUGGAACAAUUUCUCAGAUUCGUCCACAAUCGAUAUCCUAACCUCAAUUUAACGAUUUUGAAAAUCUAGUGGCCUUAUGUCAUUGUCCAUCACUCUGUAUAUCAGUUUUAGUAAUACAUUGCUAAAACAAAAACUUCAGCUGUUAAUCAGAAGCUAUAUCUGUAACAGUAUCUGUUCACGCGUGUUGAUGAAGCCUACCAACCUGAAACUUGAAACACAUCACUAACCUAAACCGCCUAGCGGAAGCAAUCCUUUGUUUGGUCUGGAUAUCCCUACAAACAUAUCACUUCACAUCACAACAGGCAAACUUUUACGGACCUAAGCUUUCUAAGUUCUAAGGUUUUGAAAAACAAAGUUACAGAAAAACAAACGAUAAAAUAGGCAAGCCUUACAUCCGUAGCGGUAGGCUUCAUCAAGCUGUCUUACACCUGAAAACCUAAUCCACAGAAUACCUAAGCGUAGUUUGCGAUAGAGUGUGAGAGCCAACAACAACAACAUGGCAUUCAACAUCCCAAAGCCACCACGACUUGUUUUGUGAAGUAACAACUUAAAAGUUCGUCGCGUGAAGAAGGGUUCGAUUGUCGAUUUAACAGCUAUCCACGAAGGUUCAAACCUCGGGUUUUCAAACCCUAGUGGCCAUGACAAGGUAUCGGACCCACUCCGAGAACUAUGGCUGUAUCUCACGAUGGCGUGUGAAGGCUCUGAUCUGGUCUAGCUGGUAGAGAAAAUUGGCAAAAACUUGCGUACAUUACCAUCCGGGCUACCUGUGAAGCUGAGUUGAACUGAGCAAAGUCGUUGCAGGGGUGUUGAAGGUGGUGUUUAUGGAAGACGAACAAUACUUUUACACGGAUAUUACAGUUUUAUUAUACGGGCCAGGCAAAAUUGCUGAGUCCCAACAACAGCAACAACAACAACAAACAAGAAAAAAUUACACACACACACACACACACUCACACAAACACAAGGUUGAGAUAAUUAUCCCCUACGUCGGUAGAUAUGACGCUAGUCAAAAAAUCAUAGAUUUAACCCAAAAAAAAAAAGGCUAAAAAAGACCACAAUUUUUUUGUCUCAUUAUAUAUUUACACAACACAUAUAUAAUUAUACAUAUAUACAAAGAUAUAUAUACAUACGACGUUACUCUUUGUGUACCAACUCAUUGGCAACGAAUGACACGCAAGGGUAAACCGAAGAGCAGAGACUAGGGCCGAAUUGCACAAUGUUUGCCGACUAGGCCUACGUGCACACACGGGAUUUAACACAGUGGCUUUUUUUGUAAUCUACUUCACCAUCCACUUAAACAAACACACAAAUGCAUACCCACAUUCUUAUGAAAUUCAAUCAAAAAACACACACACACACACUGCACUACACACCUACAGACACGGACACACACACACACACACUGAGUGAGGGCGUGCAAUGGUUGUAAAAUCGAACUGAUGGUAGAGAGACUUUCCAACUGGCAACUGUGGCUGGUGACGUGUAAAGAAAUGUCUAGAGAAUAGAUAGAGAGAGAGUGAGAGAGAAAGAGAGCGAGAGAGAGAGCGAGGUAUAAAACCCCCGUAAAAAAAGGGAUAGCAGCACUAGAUUAAUGAUCCAACCUUGCCGAAGGUGCGGCAAAAAAAAAAACACCUUUGAAGAUAGUUUUUAUAAUCGAAAUGCUAUGAGUUGGCAUUUCUACCCGGCCAUGCAACCUUUACCUUGUGUUGUAGCCCAAAAGCAAAAGCGAAACAAAGCAACAACAAGAAAAUACACUGAGCAAGAAAAUUCAUUUUUCAUUCACCACCUGCCAGGGUGGCUGGUGUUUUCCGGUACAAUUUUCGCUUGAGGCAGAUUUUGCUGUCAACCUUUAAAGACCACACGAGUCCACCAGGGGAAGUGAAUCAGUGAAAAUCGGAUCUACUUCUUUGGCAUCUAAUAUCGUUUUCAUUCACCCAUAACCCUGACUGGAAAACCCUGCUUUCUUCUCUUUGAAACACGCCUUCGAAACAAAAAACUACACUCUGUGCCUUUUUCCUUAGCAACUGUCGAUCCUUUAUAGCACAAUUAUCGAAUGAAGAUAGGAGCAGAACCGAAAAAACAAUUGGCUUGGGUAACAAAAAAACAAACAAAAAAUUAUGAACAAUUGACAAUCCUUUACAUUACGUGCCAAAGAUCAAACUUUGUAUUGUCUACAUUCAGGCGGAGGCGGUUGCGUGGUCACGUACGAGUUCUUUUUUGUGUGUGCGUGUGUGUCCCCCCGUCCCUUCCUAGCUGUGUCCUCGCACCUUUUCUUCGAGCCUAUCACAACGGUAGGUAAGGACAGCUCCACCUGCUUGCCUUAGUGUCCACCUUUGAGCCUUUACCCCUGUUCGAACCUUCACCGUUCACUGCUCUUUGUGUUGAGGAAAACCUUCCGUAUCGCUUUCUGGUUGCGAAACGGACGUGCGCGUGUGUGAGAGUUUGUUGUACGAGGUCGUUUUGAACGGGGUCGCUUUGCCGUUGGGGUCAUGUCAAUUAUUAUGCUAAGUCAAAAUACUGUUUGAAUGUGGUUUGUAUGUGAAGACUAUAGGACGCCAGGCAGAUGUAGGGUGGACCGAAUCGAUGCGCUCUGCUGUCGGUGAUGCCGGUUGCCAGUGUGGCUCUGAUGUGGAUCAACAAGCGUGUGUGUGUGUGUGUGUGUGUGUGUGUGUGAGAGAUUGCGUGUCGGAAGCUUGUACGAGGAUGUGUGAAUGUGUUGGGUGUGAUUGGUGCGCGAGUGUGCGUCUGUGUCUAGCUAUAUUCCUAACUGGUAACGCUUUAAUGACUCUGUAACUCAUAUUCCUGUGAGUGAGUGUGUAAGUAUGUGUGCAUGUGUAAGUGCUUGUUUUAGCAUAAAUACACUCACACGCACACCUACAAACACACACACACACAAAAAGACUGUCCUUUACUUUCUUACUAAAACAGUAAGUCACAGCUCGUAACGCAGGUCAUCUCCAUGAUCAUCACCCCCUAAACAUUUUUGUUUUCUGUGCAAUCGGGUUUUUUAGCUUGAAAUUUUAAUGAACCCGAUUCAAUCGAACACUCAUCAUGGCUGUAAUCAGGCACCAGCGUCUGACUAAUGCGUGUACCGUUCGUUGUAGUUUGUGUGAUGUUAGGUAGGUGUUGGUGUGCACGGUUUCAGCCGAGUGACCCGGUAACGGAUUCAACCACCCGAAGUCCGAUGUAGCUAGCACGAGGCAAAACAACUUCGAACACGUCAGCUCCUUUGCACUGCCCAAAGUAACUGAUGCGAUCGUGGCGAGCAUCCUAGAUGCUGCGCCCUUACAAAUUGGUGAUCGUGCGUAACGCUAGUAACGCGUGAGUAACGGCAAGCGUAUUCGAUGUAUGUGUUCAGUGUGUUAGUUGCGUAUGAUAGUGGGUGCUUGUGAGUGAGUUUGUCGUUCGAUCUGCAAUUUGGUUUUUCAUUAUCCAUGUUUUGCGUAUUGCCUACUUUUAGGAGGAUUCCUAAACUGGUUGCAUGGAUUCAGCUCGGUACGGUCUCACCAACCAACCGGGUUUUUUUUAACAGUGUUUGACGAGUCUUUUUCUAAAACAGAUUUUUUUUUUUUUAUAUCGAAUUCAAAACAAAUGUACGGUGGCAGCUCGAGUGUGAGCUGUUUGUAGGUCCUCUCAUUUAGCUUUAAAUUAUUUGAGAGAAACUUGAAAAUCAAGCGUAGAGCAAACUUUAUGUAUGCAAGGCGCAAUAUUGAAAAAUGUUUUUUUAAAUAAUAAUUUCAGCCAUUUUGCUUAUCUGCUCAACUGUUAGACCUUCCUCCCUUUCCUGUAAACUGUAUAGAUCCAUGUUUAAAAUUUUAAACAAAGAAGAAAAAAUUAACACAAAUACUUUGCAACACACCACCUCGCCCUACUGUAGGUGGCCUGUGACUUAAGGCUGUGCUACGUGGAUGCCCCCAAAAAACGUAUCCGUCCGUGUUUUGCUAUCAUCCUCUUAAAACAUUGCCCUCAUGUCUUUCUGCAGCAAGACGGCAAAAAAGCGCAAAGCCGUGCGGCCGGUAUUGUGGUGAAACAUCAGACCCACACGCAUACAGUGCGAGCCUGUUUUCUCUGUACAGUGUAGCGAACGUCUACAGCUAGUCCUGUGUGUACUGUAUAAUGAUCCGUAUGUAUGUUUGUGUGCGUGUGUUGUACGUUGGAUGAGUGAGCGCGUCUAGUGUAGUAUAGGAUGGGAAAUAAUUUGAUAGAAAGUCUGUGUGCCCCUAGACUUUUUAUGCAAACGUAUUUUCGGGUAUUCAAAAUUGUUCACCACGGUCCGGUUGCGUCCCGGACGCAGCCCGGACCCUCUGGCAAAAAAACCGUACCAAAAUUUAAAAAAAAAGGAGAAGAAACAACAACAGACCUUACCUUUACUUCACCAAAAAAGAAUUGAAUAAAUAAAUAAAUCGAAACUCUUCCCCACACAGUCUGCGCAUGUGAUCGUUCGGUAUCGAGAACGACCAGAACUGGCUGUGGCGACAUUCAAUUAUAUGGAAUUCUAAAUUUUUGAUAUUAAACCAAAAAAAAAGAGACAAAAUUAUUGCAAAGUGCGUGUGCGAAACGAAUUGGACUUUAUCCGGGCGAACCGAUGCCGGUUUUUGUACUUGUUGAGUUGUGGUGUGAUCGGAAUUCGGCCCAGGAGUGAGUAACUUCCAUCCAAUCGGCAAAGCUAAAUACAAACUAGAUAUCGAAAAACAAAACGUUUAUCACUCCUUAGCGGAACUUCUUCGCACUGGAUCGGUUUGCUUAGUUGUUAGCAAUCCUCAUCCCGCUCACCGAAUUGGCUUACCACUUACUGUCUCCCAUCCCAGGUCUUCUCCAAUAUUGGCAUUGUAACGAUUAGGCUUCGAUUGGCAUAGAAAAUCAACCUGCUUUGAGUUCGUGUUAGCCUCCCGUGUUUAAGUUUUUCCUCUCCCAGCACACUGCCACCCGUCCCGUCUGUUUUAACCAUCCCAUCCUAAGUCUGGUGGGGGCCACAAACUACAGUGUUGAAGGAAGAGGAGACAGCGGCAACAGAGAAGAAGGUUAUCGAGUAGCAGGAAAGUGCAAAGAAAAUGGCGUAGGAAGAUAGUUAAUAGUUGCCGUGCCGAGCUUGUUGCGCUGCUUGGUGUAUGUUGUGGGACACACUGUACAAUGGUGGUUAAUGGUUGCAUACUUGUAGGCGGCCGCUAGAAACCUUGCACCGUAACGCCCGUAACGACCGGUAGCGCCCAGGUGACAGUGCGUACAUCAACGUUCUUCCCGUUAGCUCGCAUUAGGCGAGUCGGUAGUCAGUUUUACUCAUACUUCAUAAACCCUGCCCUGCUUGGGCCUCUACGUUCCUAGUCCUCCCACUCUCACUCUCUCUCUCUUUCUGAGUGUGCGUGGAUAUAUUUUUUUUCUGCCCCAUCGGUGUGCCUUCACUGUGUCUGAGUGUCUUAGAGUGUGUCAUAUAACAUAUAACCGAACCAAAUAAGAAAAAAAAAACCCACAAACUCGCUUUCCCUGAUUUUGUUUCGGUUCUUGGUUUGGACUUUACUUAACAUCACUCGUUCCUACUCGCUCCCAACCCAUGCUAUGGUCCAACACAUAUUUUUGCCCAAAUGGCCUAAAUAUAAUACUGAUAAAUGCAGAGAGGGUAGAUGCAAACCAUCUCAAAACUCAUGCCCUAGCGUGUGUGUGUAUGUAAAUGUGUGCUUGAAAUCGAAAUUAGGUAACUGAUAACACCAAACAAAAUUUUUGACAAAAAUAAAAUCCCAUUUCCUCCACCAAAAAAAAAAAAAAAAAAAAACAAACCAACAUAUUUAUAUAAACAACAUGUCUAAAUCUCGUGCCAUACCGUGUGUGUUUCUCGCUGAUUUCCUAGCGAAAAUGCUACACGACUUUUGAGAUGAAGGAUGAGAGAGCGAGAGUCAAUGAAUGUGUGUGUGUGUGUGAGAGAGAGAGAGAGAGAGAGAAAGGGAGAAAAAAACGAAUAUAAAAACAUACCUUUCUACUAGAUGCGAUUGAUUGGUGAAUUUGGAUGGGAAAUGACUUCCUUUUGCACACACAUUAUCCUACACACAAACCACAACAACUUUGCAUGAGAUAUACAUGUAUCUUACCUAUUGCGAUGUUCCAUAGCUAUAGUCCACACUAUCCAAUUUUUACUAACUCUUAUCCCCGAAAAUAUUUCCCUCGGGUCUUGGAAAACGUCACAUGUACCUUUUUCUAGUAGAGUGUAUGCGUAUGUAUGUUUGCAGCAGAGUAGUGGUUUCGAUUGUUUGUCCGGUUUGGGUUUUCUUCUUUUUGUUGGUUUAUCCCAACUUGAACCCUGAGGAUAAGCGGGUUCGAGUUUUUUCUCCCUCUCUCUCAGUAAACCACAGGACUGAUAAGUGUGUGUGUGUGAGUGAUCGUGCGAGAUCGUGUGUUUGAGCGUGUGUGAGUGUAUAGAAUCUGUACUGCAUGUACAUAUAGAAGAGUUAAGGACCGUUGAGACUUACAGGCUGGGUUUGUUUAUCAUCGACCUGUCACUUUGACUUUGUUGUGGUAUUGCUAUCCCUCUCGCUCUUGCGUACGCAUCUUAGUGACUUCGUUUCAUCCUCGGAUUUCAGGAUUUCUUUCGAUUAUCCGUGCCCGUAAUAGCGAGUCCUCCGUGUCAUGUCCCGCAAACUCCGCCGAACGUCUCUCCCUCUUCCCCUCCACCCCCCUCCACUCUCUCUGCACACUCGCAUUCUUACUCCACAUUGCCGUGUUCACGUAGCGUCUCGUUGUUGGUAGGUGUAAGCCCAGUUUGACCAGUCGUCACUGACGGUCGUCCCUUGCCGGUUGUACCGUACAGUGUCCGUGUCUAAGCUAAUACAGAAGCCAACCGGCACACAACACGUGCGACCUGCUCUCGCAUGUGUUUGUGUGUUUGGUUGCGCCCCUACGAGAAAAAAGGAGGGAACGAGCGCCGUUGUACAUAGUUGUUGCCCCGUGCACAACAAAAUUCACCCAUUAGUUCUAUCGUCCAGCUUACAAACGUGUUUUUUGUUUUGUGUGUACUUAAUACUAAAAACCUGCCGCACCAUAUUAUGGAAAACAGUCGUAAAAAUUCUAAACUCAAAAUCAAAACCAGCAGAAAAGCUAACUUUGCCCACUUCGGACCGGAGACUGGAUGGAAGGAUAUAGCUCAUUCGCGUUGUAAUCGGGAUCGAGAUCUGCACCCCUGUCUCUGGCAGAGGACGUAGACGUAGUGUGUAUAUAGGUUAAAAGAAAUCUGGGUUAGUGGAACCAGUACCAGAUAAAGAAUAUACCAAUUAUCACUAUCAGCGUACUAGCUUAAGCACGCAUGCGGCGACCCGUGUUGUGUGGUAGACUGUUUUAUUGCAAAAACCUCGCUGCAAAGGUUGAGGUAGAAGCAGCGAAGCAAAGAACAAUACCUAUUCUCCAUCUAAGGACUCCCCCAUUCUGAUGGCAAAAAGGCGUCCUGCUUUCGUCCUGCAGCGAUGAAGGCAUUGUGUGUUUGUGAGUGACCGUGGAUGCAACCCAGAAGUUGGUGGGAAGUUUGCUCCGGACUUUGUUAUCUUUUUUUGUUUUCUUUGCACCUCACGUUUGAACCAUAACCUAUCGAAUGCUUUGGCACGAGCUUUAAACACUUUAACUCUUCUGCGCAACGAAUGUAAAACAAUAGCGAAGAACAUCGAUUAUACAUAGUUACGAGCCAAGAAUAGGAGGUCUAAAACCGGGAAGGGCAACAAUCGCCAAACCAGUGUGGAAGAUCUCUUAACUGUUCGAAUUUUGCAAUCGGCCUACACAGGUCAACCAGCCAACUCUUCAACACUCUCGCUCUCACACACACAAACGUACACCAACACAAUCCAAAGCAAACACUUCACAACACACCACCACCCAAAAAUGUUCUAAAACCCCGCUAAACUAACUGCUGUAUGUGUGUUCCGAAGCUUACCGAUACUACAGAUUAUGUGUGUUUGAUGUGUGUUGUUUCACUGUAGUAAGUGUAGUUUGAACUCAUAAUCGGAAUAGUCCACUUUUGCGCAACAACAACACUUUUUCGUAGACGUUUUCCUACACAUUAAACCAAACCAGUAAUAGCAAACGAAGGCUAGCAAGGAAAGAGAAGCGAAUGCAUCAAGAUGGAUGAAGGCUUGCUUAGCUAAUUCCUCUCUGUCUCUCUUAAUCCCCUGAGCUCUCUCUCUCUAUAUCUUCAAUUGGCACAGCUAUUGUCGACUGGGGUUUGCAUUGAAAUCAGUCACAACGGUGUUACUAUCGGAUUGACAGUUACGCCUGGCGGUGUGCAAUACUUCGUAUCUUGGGGCGUUACUGCAUCUAGCAUGAGGUGUCUCGGAGAAAGCUGUUUGCCGAUCUAUACAAAAAAGUCCUUGACGAAAUCGUACAUAUCACCGGAAGAGUAUUCUGGACCGCCGGCGGGGGAGUUUCCAACUUUAGAGGUUCGUCUCGUUUGGAAACUCUGGUUCAGGAUAUUCUGUUGGUCAUCCUCAAACUUUCAUAGACUUGGACAAGGAAUGAGUCCUUGUAGUCAAAUGGAGAGAUGCAGGGAUAGUAUAGCUACAUUGAGAUGAUGUGGUGAUCAUCUGCAAGCUUUCACAGACUUGGACCUAGAGUCCUAAUAGUUAAAUGGAGGGAUUAAGGGAACGUAUAACUUCAUUGAGAUAUUCUGGUGAGCAUUUGCAAGCUUUCACAGACUUUGACCUUAGAGUCCUGGUAGAGAAAAGGAAAGCUAAGAGUAUUCCUGAACACCGACGAGGGAGAUUCCCACAUUACAGGUUCGACGUUUUUUGGGUUCUCUGGUUUGGGGGACAUUCUGGUGAUUGUUCGCCAGACUUCACGGACUUUCUUCUAGAAUCUUGAUAAAAACUCCAAGACAUGGAGAGAUAGAGUUGGGGAGGCGAAGAGCAAGUCCUUUAAAUUGUCAGUGCACGUUUGGCAUGGAAUUUGCUAGAAAGGAUAUUGAGGGUGUACUUCAAACUCCCAAACACACACAUACACACACACAUACACACAAGCACAUAUUCACAUGCAAGUAACAGUGGUGAGGUACUGGAAGUCAACGUUUUCUAAAUGCAAUGGGUCCAAAUGCAUCGAGAGGUGAUGGAACACACACAGGAACGAUAAGCAGCGAUUAACAACAUGCUCGGAGCGCGUUGCCGAAGCGAACGAGAGACAAACGACAGGAUUCAACAAACUACUCAACCCAAGCUUUGCGUAACAAUGGCGGCGUUUGUACGGUGUCAACUUUUGAAAAACUGUUAUUUAAACCACCCAAAAAAAAAAAAACAACCUAGGACACACGUCAAUAUAUUGCUCUAUACAAAUAUUGGUAGUGUCAUCAAUCCGCAACUAAAGGAACAGAUAAAUUAUGAUAUACGGAAGGGUGAUGAAGCACGAAUUGAUAGAUGAAAGAUUUAUAUUGCUGUUGUCAAAUACGACUUCUCUCUCGCACUCACACACACACAAAACGAUAAGCCUAAUACAUAUAGAUACACACACACACAUACAUGUUAAGCCUUACACAGAUAAACACAUACACAUACACAGGUACGAUAUCGAUAUGCUCAACGAAGUUUGCUGCGCGAUAAUACCUCCUAUAACUCCAAUUCCCCGUUCCCCGUUCCAGGGUUCCUCAAUCUCUAGAACCUCAACUAAAGGAUUUGCUCCCAAACGGAAUUGAGAUGGGUUUCACGACACAUACAUACACACCGAGCUACAUCUCACACAUACACACACAAAAACUCCCAACCUUAAGGCCUCCCAAAACCUCCCGUUUUUUGGAACGCCCGCGUUUCAUUCUUAUGACUGUAUGCGUUUUUGGAUCGUUUUUUAUAAAAGUAAAUAAAAUCCCAAACCCCCCCUUCCCCUCCCAAUUGAAAUACUAUCGAAACCCCAAGCCCAAAGCUAUUUACAAAGUAAUUAGUGCUCCCAGUUUUUCGGGCAGAAAGAAAAAAAAACCAACAACAACAUUUAAAAAAAAACAACAAAAUGGCCCCCAUUGGUCGUAACGAUCGCGAACACGAUGCGAUAUGUUUCAAAGAACAUCAUUACCGUUUUAGAAUUAUUGAAUAUAGUGAACUUUACAUCAAAAAUAAGUCACAACACAUACACAGCACACUCACAGCACACUCACACUCCUAAUUCUAUCUCCUCACAUGCAUCGCACACCAACACCUGCAGCAGCUUACCAUCGAUUUACAUGUACAAAGUACACACCAACACAGACAGAGGGAAACAACAACUAGUGUGUGCAACUUUCAAGUGAUCAUCAGGAAUUGGUAUUUGGCUAGUGGGAAAGCAGGAACGAUCUCUCCCCCCCCCCUUCCCCCACCCUCCUCCCAACACGAUAUAUUCACAUACACCAGCUCCGUACGGGCGUUGGUAGUUGGUAGUGUCACCGUUUGAUUCUAUAGUAUUUGUUGCGCAUAUAUACGUAGUUUAUGUAGGUUUCGCCAGGUUAGCUGGGCUAGGUGAGAGUGUAGCGAGAUAGUGAUAGAGAGAGAGAGAGAGAGAGAGAGAGAGAGAGAGAGGACGAGAGUGAGAGCGAAAGGCAAACAGAUACAGAUUCUACCGAAUCCUGGUCACGGCACCAGGCUGUCACUAGACGGCUGGUGGUGUUUCUUUACAAAUUUUCGAUCUUUUUCGACAGGGAUCAGCCGCUCGAUAGCUGACAACCGAUAACCGGACUGUUCUGUAGCUGUUUGCACCCAGUUUCAUACCACAACGAAGCGUGUCCGGCACGCGGAUACAAAAUCUGUUUUGUGAUAUUUGUGUGCCCAUUAGCGGGCAUCAAGGUGAAGGUGGACCAGUCACUCGGUAGUGAGAUUGUUAACAACUGGGAAAGGUAGAUACAAACAGAGAGAGAGAGAGAGAGCGAGCUAGAGUUAUAGAGCUGUUAAACUAUAUUUUUUCAACGCUCUUAAAGCGCCGAACUAUACAGAUGAGCCUGUUAAGCAGUCUAAAGUCUAAAGCUGUUACUCUUAAAAGCACCCAUUUGAGAACGUUUGCAUGGUAGUGUCUGUGUCUGGUAGGAAUGUGAAUGUGGGCGGUAGAGAGUAUGAUAGGGUUAGUGACGUUAGGAGUCGAAGUUAACUAGGAAGGGAUAGGCUAACAUUCCAAUUCGACUAGAUUUCGUGAGCUUACUUGUGUGUUUUCUACCCCCCCCCCCCUCCAACCCCCCUCCACCCACCUCCCCACCCUCCCCGUUUUCUUUAUUUUAAAGAAGAAACAGAAACAUGGCCCCUGAAAGUAUGCAGUUUGGCUAACUGAAGCGUCCGUUUUAAUUUAAAAAUUUAUUUUAACGAGCUUUUCGCGAGCGGAUUGUCUCCGUGCUCAGAUCGUCUGCACUAGCAAUCAGACUGAACCACGAUACAGCGAUAUUAGCAAGAGUAAUGGUUUGCCAAAAGGAAAAUGCAGCAGGAAGAAAAUCUCGCAAACGAGAAGACAUACAAGUUGAUCAGUUAUUCAUCUCAGACCACAUCUCUCGAACUUUCCACGCUCAAACAACACAGGAAUGGGUUAAAUGGAUACUGACAGAACUAUUUAAACACACACACACAUACACACAUUAGCAAAGUAUGAACGUUUUUUGAAUGUAAUAGAACAAAAAAAAACAUACUCUCCACAUAAACACACUCACACACGCACGCAACGAUACAAUUGCAUAGCAAAAUGUAUCUGUCGAUGGGUACCACUAAAUGCUACUAUAUCAUCUCGCACACUCGCACAUAACUUACUUCACAGCAGCAAAAUAAUAGCUACCAAAAACCCCGCAGAAAACUCCCACAUAAAACACACACACACACACAUUACGAAACAACAACAAAAUGAAACUUAUUAUAUUGCAUCACAUUAAAUUAUAACAAUUAUAUAAAUUAUACACAAACGAAGGUAAAACCAACAAAAAAAAAAUCCUCUAAAAAUUUACUAAAUUUAGCGCACCUUAUGAAACGAUUAGAUGAAUGGAGCCGCGAUUUGCAAAACAACAAACGAAGCGAUUUAACGCCUUUUGAAAGAUGUUUUUAGUAAAAAAAAAGAAUGAAUUGAAGAAUGGGAAAAACAACACAAGGAAAGUGAACUUUAAAAUGAACCAACUUUUAUACAUAUACAUACAAACACAUACACACAUGUACAUUCACACCGCACGCCAGAGGAAACGGUAACAACUUUAUGACGCCGAGUGCCGAAGGAAGCAACAAGCGCUCGAGUCACUCGAAACGGGGACUCGACUAGAGAUUGGAAAGCAAGUAGUAAGCGAAACAGUACUCGUUGGGUGUAGAGCGAAUAGCAUAACCAAAGACGAACGCUCGCUCCUUUCCGUGGUGCUAAUGAUCGUGUUGGUGGAUGCAUUGGUUUGGUUGGCUGCAUUGGCUUCAAAUGAAAACCACAUUUUGUGCGCCGGAAGGUAUGCAACCAGUACCAGCAUUCGCCUUGAAGACACUGGUAGGCGAUGAAGUUGUAAUGUUUGUGGCACAGUUAUUUUUGACAACAACACUAUCACACACACACACACACCCACACAGAAAUACAUAUAGACACAACGGAAUUUGAAAGAUUGGAAAACUGAACACUGGGAGGAAAAACAACCUCGAACUGGACAAAAAAAACCCUAAACAGAUCAACAGCAAACGAGAAAAUCGAAUGGCAAAAACAGAACAGAUGUUGCAAACUAAUUGUGAAAGUUCAUUACUAUAAAUAUGCUGGUUACAACAACAACAACAACAACAACAUAACACAUACACACUCUAACCACAACAAUAGGCCGAAUCGGAAGGUGCUGAUAGCCGCUGAUAAUAUCCGUUUAGCAAAAGGCAAAAAAAAACAGAAACAAAACAUUAUAAAAAAAAACCGGAUAGAUAUGCUAAUCACAAACAUCACAUACUAAUACAUAACAAAAAUAAAUAUUCAAAAGCAAAAAAAGGGACAAAAACACAUUUAAAUGGCUGUAGUAAACAAAAUAUGCAAAACAAAAAAAAAACAAAUAGAUACCUAUAUAUACAUAUAACCCGAUAAAUGUCAGCAAAAAUCACGAAACACAUACACACAUCAACGAAACACUCAUACACACACACACACACACAGUCGUGUUUUCGACAACGAUGUAGUUUUGCAAAAUGAACGCGCAUUUACGCGAAGCUCUAGUCACCACCAGCCGUCAACAGAAAAACAGAGGCUUGUGAUGGGGCGUUGAGCUGUAUGCGUGUAUUUGACCACCACCACCACCAUCUUUCAAUGUACAUGCCGUUGUGUAUGAAACAUAUUUAUACAUCCUAUUUACACUCAAUUUAACAACAAGAAGAAAACGAGAAGGAAAGGAAACUUAAAAGAUAAAUGUUCUAUAUACAUAUAUAUAUAAUAUAUACAUGCAGGAUCUGACAGGUGACUCUCGGCUGUCAUUCCGAUGCGCACGUGAGCCGUACAGUAUGCCACCGCUCCCCAACCCCUUUCCCCCUCACAAUGCUACAUGCACGCACGCACCAACUAACAGACAAUUGCAUAAAUUUCGGGCGCAGCAGUAGAACAUGAAUGAUGGUACUACUGAAAGUCUCUCACACACACAUACACACACAAAUGAUAAUAUUUAAAACUAUUUUAUAACAACACUUUAACUAACACAAACACACACACAUGCGUAAGGCAUGAAGGUUAAGCUGCGUGUGGGCUUUAGGCGAUCCUGGUUAAAGAUACUUAAGCAAAGCGAGGAGAAAAAACAACUAUUAGCAAACCAGUGAUUGGACAGGAUUCUCCACGCAAAACACACACACACACACACACUCUCUCACACGUCACAAAUAAACCGGGGGAAUGAUUUGAAGUAAUGCAAGUACUAACGAAACCACUCACUCAGUCUGCCCGUUCCGGAUGCCGAGAGUUACCUGCUUAUCCAUAGCAAACAAAAAAAAACAACCAAUAAUUCAAUGUAAAGCAGAAACAAAAAACCAUUAAGAAAAUGCGUAAAAAAAAUUAAAACUGGAUUGAUGUUUAAAAAAAA